AAUUGAAGUGUCAGCGGUGUCUUCGUAUCGUUCGUAUUGAUUGUCGUGUAGAAAGAUUAGUUUUUUCAUUUUAUUGUGAAAUAAUUCUCAUAAAUAACUUGGAUUUGUGAAUUUACUGACCUGUGUUGCGUCUACCUGUUUCUUUAAAUGAUCUUCCACUUCUGGAUGUUUAUGAAACGGUGAUCUCUGACAAAACAUAUUGCUGUGUGUGUGUCCGGUCGUGAAGUGAAAAAUUUUGUUUACUAAAUUUGACGCGAGUAAUUUUGAGUUGUUUUAAUUUCAGCAUCCGAUUUCGGUUUGUCCCCUGAAUUGUGUGCGUCUCGUUUUUCUUUCACGGUAACCAUUUACGAAGCCAACUAAAAGACACGAUUUCAACAUGGGAAAUGUAUUCGCGAAUCUGUUCAAAGGAUUAUUUGGCAAAAAGGAAAUGAGAAUAUUGAUGGUCGGACUCGAUGCAGCUGGUAAAACAACAAUUUUAUACAAACUCAAAUUAGGUGAAAUUGUAACAACGAUACCAACAAUUGGUUUCAACGUCGAAACUGUAGAAUACAAGAAUAUUAGCUUUACAGUGUGGGAUGUGGGUGGUCAGGACAAAAUUCGACCGCUCUGGAGGCAUUACUUCCAAAACACACAAGGUCUUAUUUUUGUCGUGGACAGCAAUGACAGAGAGCGUAUCGGUGAAGCCAGAGAGGAAUUAAUGCGAAUGCUUGCAGAAGAUGAGCUCCGAGAUGCAGUUUUACUUAUAUUUGCCAACAAACAAGAUCUACCAAACGCAAUGAAUGCUGCUGAAAUCACCGACAAGCUGGGAUUACAUUCACUGCGAAACCGAAACUGGUACAUUCAAGCCACAUGUGCAACUAGCGGCGACGGUCUAUACGAAGGUCUCGAUUGGUUGUCCAAUCAAUUAAAGAAUGCAAAUCGCUAAGUGUUUUUUCUUUUUGUUUUGAAUAAACUAUUUUUUUUCCAACAACGGUCAAGUAAUAAUUUGCAAGAGAAAAUUAAAUUAAUAAAAACAGAAGAAGAAGAAAAAGAUAAUUAAAUGAAAAAUCCAAGAGAUGAAUUUUUGAAGAAAAGGAAAUAAAUGCCACACACACACAGAUACACCGUACACACAACAUCUUAAAUGAAUAAAUUUUGAAUAAAGAAAAUGUUUUGAUUAAUAAAACAAGAAGAAAAGAAAUUUUAAAGAAAAAAAUAUUAAAAAUGAAAAGUAAAAAUAAUUGUAAUAAGUAAACAGCAGAAAAACCACUCACACACACAAAUAUAAAAUUUAAAAAUUUAAAAAAAUAUUAAAGAAAAGGAAGAACAUUCAACUGAACAUCUUAAUUUAAAAUAAAAAUAAAAAUACAACUCCGGACAACCGGCAAUCUGAAGAAAUGGAAAACAUUCGUAAAAAAUCAUUUUCUGUCCCACAUUCAACUUGUUGUUAACAUAAUGCGAAAUAAGACCGGAAAUGAUUUAAAAAAAAAGAAUUAUAUUUAAAAUACAAACAAGAAGAUGAAGAAGAACCAACGACACACAAAAGAAACUAAGAAGAAAAUAUCCCGAAAAAUUUAUAAACAAAAAAAACAAAAUUUAAUUAUUUUAGAAACUCGACAUGAACUCAAUAAACGAAAAGUGUUUAAUUGAAACGAUUUUAAAACACAAACAAAAAAAUUUCGUUUUGUUUCUUCAAACAAACUAUAAAUUGUCGUCUCACCCCCGGUCCACAAAGUUAUUUGUAUAAUGUGUACAGGACUACCAAAGUUGUUCCGUUUACGUAUUAGAAAAGAUAAAAGAAAAAUAUUCUUCUGUAUAAUUCCAACCGCUGUCUUUAUGGUUUCACUAUUUUUUUAAAUAAUUUUUUUUUGUCAAAUCAAGAAUCGGAACGAUGAGAGAAAACUUUUCUCUGAUUCGAAAAUCCGAUUCGAUGUGUACCGCAGUAUAAAUCUAAAAUUUAAAGAAAAUGUUCGAAUGAUUAAAAAAACAAGAAAAGAAAAUUUGAAAUGGAUUACUGAAGCAAAAGAGACGAAGACGAGCGAUUUCAAGUGUGGCUAAUUCGUUUGUAUGCUGUGUCCGUUUCGAAUUCUAAUUAUAAUUAAUGAUAAAAAAAAAUACAGAAUGAAAACAUUGCUUUUUUGUGCAUGUGCAACGUGUCCCAUUCGGCGAAAUUUUAUUCGUGUGGGGGCUACAUCU